GGAUCGCCUUGGGAAGCCGGGCUCUGGAGGGAGGGCGAGUUGUCGCUGGCUGCAGACGCCUACCCAAGCUGGGGUCCCUGUGCCCACGCGAGCGGGACCGGUCGGGCUUCCCUCGAGAACCCGCCCCUUUGCCGGGGCACGGUGGUCAGGUGGUUUGCCCGCACGCCAACGCCUCGCAGCCGCUCUCUCGGCCCGGCGCACCCUCCCAGGCUUUCCUUGGCAUGAUCCCCUUGAUUGUCCUAGCUCCAGCCUUCACCAAGCCGGUGUCCCUCAGGCCGGGGAGCGUGGCUCUCUUUCCAGAUGUUACAGCCCUACCCGAGGCUCUCAGCGCGCCGGUGGCAUUUGAGUAGAUCGCGGAGGCCCCCGAUGGAUAGCCGGAGGGUGCCACGUUCCGGCUGAGGCUCAGCCCAAAGUCUGGACGCUCGAAUGCCCAGGGAGAGCUCUGGGAUGAAGUGUUGCCCACCCUCCCCCUCCCCCCGCCCUGGCCAGUCACCAGACCCUGGACCUUGAUCUUUCUCCCCCACCAGGCCAGGGCAGCUGAUGAUUGUGGCUGAAAUAUCUCAAGGUAGCUGGGCCUGUCCCCUCUUCCCCACCUACCUGUUGUCCUUACCCCCAAACUACCACCACCCUGGCUCCACUCCCUCAUGACCGCCUGGAUCCUCCUUCCUGUCAGCCUGUCAGCAUUCUCCAUCACGGGCAUAUGGACAGUGUAUGCCAUGGCCGUGAUGAACCGCCACGUGUGCCCAGUGGAGAACUGGUCCUACAAUGAGUCCUGCUCUCCUGACCCUGCUGAACAAGGGGGCCCAAAGACCUGCUGCACCCUUGAUGAUGUUCCUCUCAUCAGCAAGUGUGGAACAUAUCCCCCAGAGAGCUGCCUCUUCAGCCUCAUUGGCAACAUGGGUGCUUUUAUGGUGGCCCUGAUCUGCCUCCUUCGGUACGGGCAGCUCCUGGAGCAGAACCGGCACUCCUGGAUCAACACCACAGCACUCAUCACGGGCUGCACCAACGCCGCGGGCCUCGUGGUGGUCGGCAACUUCCAGGUGGACCAUGCCAAGUCUCUACACUACAUCGGAGCUGGUGUGGCCUUACCCGCCGGGCUGCUCUUUGUGUGCCUGCAAUGUGUUCUCUUCUACCAUGGGGCCACCACCACCCUGGACCUGGCUAUGGCCUACCUGCGAAGUGUGCUGGCUGUCAUUGCCUUCAUCACCUUGGUCCUUAGUGGAGUCUUCUUCCUCCACGAGAGUUCUCAGCUACAGCACGGGGCUGCCCUGUGUGAAUGGGUGUUUGUCCUCGAUAUCCUCAUUUUCUACGGCACCUUCAGCUAUGAGUUUGGGGCGAUCUCCUCAGACACACUGGUGGCUGCACUGCAGCCUGCCCCUGGCAGGGCCUGUAAGUCCUCUGGGAGCAGCAGCACCUCUACCCACCUCAACUGUGCUCCCGAGAGUAUUGCCAUGAUCUGAGUCUGGAGGGUGGCUGGCCCAGCCUCCGCAGCACCCACACCCUCUACCUUCUUUGCAUUUAUUUUGUACCAAAAACGAUUUGUAGAGAGUAUUGUUGGGAUCUAGGCUUCCUCACUUCUGGAGAAGUGGCCAUCCAACAUCCACCUGUGCCAUAGAGGAGCCCGGUCUCACCAGCUGCCUCUGCUACAUGUCCUGUCCCCCCAUACCAGAGUAGUAUUUUGUGUUAAAGGUCACCUAUCCUCACCUGCCCUGCCAGCCCUUCAGGUGCCUUCUCCCAGUGCCAGAGCCAGACCACUGGGGUUUCCUGCUGCAGGAAUUGGGGGCUGGGGCAGCAGGGGCCCCAAAGCCUGGAUGAUGGGAGGCGCAUGCCUUAGCCUAAGGGAGGGCCCACCCAGCUGCACUUGGGUUCUUCACUCUGCCCCUCACUUCCUUUAGGGCAAAUAACACAGCAGAACCACAUGAGUAUUUUAGUACUUUUUUAUAUCUAUUAAAAGAAUUCUAAUUUGCAUGUCUGCAGUCUGUUCUGGAGAAUCAGGGAGGGUCUGAUCCAGUAGGUAGGGAUGAAAAGAAGCCCUUUGGUCCGUCCAGGAGAGAUUCUUGAGGGUUGCCAGUAACUAAGAGUGACAGGUGCCAUCAAAAUACAUCAGAAGGGUCUGGGCAUGAUGGUACAAACCAGGAAUCCUAGCACUGGGGAGGUAGAGGCAGGAGGAUCUCCUAAGUUCUGUAUAGAGUGUGAUUUGUAUAGACCAGGAUCAGCCUGAUCAAUACAGUGAGUUCCAAGCCAGCCAGGGUCACAUAGUAAAACCCACUCUCAAGACCUCCACAAGUGCUUGGCCCCCCAUUAUGAGUCUCUAAACAGGCCAAAGAACUGGCUUGGCUUUGUAGUCUCACUUCUUUCCCCUACCCAGUCUGGCUUGAACUUUGAUUCCUUGAUACCGGCGCCUACAGGGAC